AUGGCGCCGUUCACCAUCACCGUCAACAACAAGUCUCAGGCUAGUUCCUCAUAUGGGAUAUAUGCAGAACCCCCUGGAGUUACUCCAUCAGUCACAACCACGACCCGAAUCAUCAGUCGGGUUGUGGGAGUGGCCAGUGGUCAAGGUCAGGCUACAUUCGUUCUAUCGAAACAACUCAUCGCUACUUGUGGUAUUUACGACAUAAGUUCCGAUGUUAGCGACCCUCCCGACCCCAAGAAAAAGCCAGUUGGCACAGGGACUGAAGUAGUCGAUCAGCGAUACGUGGACCUGGGCUCCAAGGAACUAGAUGGUACCCCCGUUGCAGGAUCAUAUCUCGAAGUCGACUGCUCCAGUGGUACUCCCUCUUUCUCACGGGCAUCUACUCAUCCAUUGGCCGGCAUCGGCGCCUUUGUUGUGAAAACAAAGCCUGAUUUUACGCUGCAGCAGGCUGCUUCAAAUAAGUUCUUCAUCGGUUUUAGCUGUUCCGUCCGUCAAGAAAUCGGUUCAUAUGUCACCUUCAUCCCCAGCCCGGGUCAAACAUACGUGAUAAUGCCUUCCAACAAGUUUUAUGUCACGAUUGGCGACUUCAAUGUCAGGGACAUUGUGAAAAAGCCUUUAAAGGCAUCUUCCGACACAGUUCUCGUUGACUUCGAUCAGCUCGCGACUGACCGUGUCUCCCUCGUUCACGACGCCUACAAUAACCUCUCCAUCCAAGCUACACCUCCUCUCUCCAGCUAUCCAGUCGCGAUGAUGAUGAGCGCUCCCUCUUGGGAGAUGGAAGAUUCGAUCGGCACGACACCAAUAAUGAAUUACUCAAAUACUGUGGAAGGUGAAGACGAUAUGACUGGAGAUUCCAGUACGGCGCCUGGCUCUCCUACACCCCAGAGUUGA